AUGUCGCACCCAGAGGCCACCCAGCCCUCCCUUACAACCGCGCCGGCCGAAAUUCGCCAGCAGAUACUGUCCAGCCUGUUCGAGCCAGAGUUCAGUAUCAAGAAUGGCGAACUUAAGAGUUCACCGUGGCAACUGGAAGCUGUGUGUAGGUUGCUCAAACAGGAUAUGGAGGUUUUACAAGACCUUCAUUUCCCCCCAACGGAUGUCAUACUGCGCCUGACCUCUCCCAACGAGCUACGACAACUCCCCGCCGUGACAACAAAGGUGAUGGACAAGGCUACGAGGCUGAACAAGACUUGGGAGGGGUUUAAGGAGGUAGAGCUUGCGCUCUUUCACCCCAAGGCACUACAGGAAGCAUCAAAGGAUGCAGCCCAAUUCUUCAGAUUUCUCAGCCGUACGGGAGGAAUCCGCUAUUCGGAUUCUGCGAGACCGACUGGAUCUACUCGACAGCUAGUUGCCGAGGUAUACAACACCGUAAAAGCGUGGCAAGAAGACUUGUAUUAUCUCUAUACCGCAUUCGAUCCAGCGAUUGCUCCACCCGGAGCGCUCGUGAGGCUUGAGGUGACGCUUCCUAGCGCCGUUGCCUUCGCUCCCAAUACUCUCCCGGAGGCUUGGAUAUGGUGGUCAUGGGAGCUUGACUACCUGACAGAUUUCGUUGCGGGAAUUGACCAGGACUACGGGUUCCUCUAUGAUGCGCAUUGGUUGAAGUUCGAUGCUUCGCUUUUCCCUUUCGUCAAAGAGAAGAAGGGAUUGUUAUACAAGCCUUACUACGCUCUCAAAGCAGAGAAAGGAGAGUUAUCAGACCCUCGAGCCGAAAUCACGGGAUCCCUGCCAAUUAAGUACAGGGCAGUGCUGCCGGAUCUAGACGAACACGAGAUCGAACUGGAUCUCUCUGGCGUCACUUUCACGGAGCAUGAUGACGCUUAG